AUGCCAUCAUUCAAUUUAUCACAAAUUUUCUUCAUCGUCGUUUUGCUCACAGCAACAUCUGCCAGUUCCAUAAGGGCUAAACGCCAGCUCAGUCCGGCUGUGUCUUUGGAAGAACGUCUUCCAUUCCUUAUGACCUACGGAAAUUCAGAAGGUUCUGCUUUCAAGAGGUCACCUCUAAGCGUUCAGCUUAAACGGCAUAUUUCUCCAUCAAUUGAUGUCGAACAAGAUUUGGGACAGAUGAGAACAUUGAUGGAUAUUGGAAAAAGACAGAUAAGCAUCACUGAUGACAUCAACAAAGAUGUUGAGCUAUACAACAGGCUGUUCAGUGCUGGCAAGAGAGCUAUUUCUCCGGCUCAUGAUCUUCAAUCAGCUCUUUCAUUCUCUGAUUACUUGGAAAGAGCUGGUCGAAGAAAGUAA